AUAGCGAAUGGCAUGUCACGACGGGCCAAUUGGCCAGGAGCUGCUCGGGAUUUGAACAGGUCAUGGCCCCCGUUUCCACUCUUCUUGUUGCCCGCUUCGACAAAACUUCUAGACGACAAUGGCUGAUUUCGAUGCUCCCCGUGGUGUGACUGUCCGCGACGUCAAGGCCGCCGACUUUAUCAAGGAAUACGCUGAACACUUGAAGCGUUCCGGCAAGAUGGAACUCCCGAUCUGGUGGGACAUCGUCAAGACCGCGUCGUUCAAGGAAUACUCCCCCGACAACGCCGACUGGUACUACGUCCGCGCCGCGUCCAUCGCGCGCAAGGUGUACCUUCGCGAAAACACUGGUGUCGGUGCGUUGAAGAAGGUGUACGGCGGUGCCGCUCGCCGUGGCGCCCUUCGCCAGCAAUACCAAAAGGCAUCGGGUGGGUUGAUUCGCCACAUCUUGCACCAGUUGGAAGAGAUGAAGGUCGUGGAGAAGUGCCCCGAAGGCGUCAACAAGGGCGGUCGCAAGAUCACCAGCCACGGCCAAACCGACUUGGAUCGCAUUGCUGGCCAAGUCGCCCGCGCUUAAACCUCGUGUUUUUUAACCUUGUCCUUGCAACAACAAGAAAUAUCGGAUUCUCCGGACCUG